AUGACGGUGAAGUCUGGAGUCUGCAUGGUUGAAAUGGCACACAAGUGCUAUUCCAGGUUGAAGAACUAUGGAAGCCAACCCGAGCUGGUCGCCGGCACUGUUUGUGGUAGCUUUGCCGUCUUCCAGGUUCUUUUCCACUUUAUAAGUUACUGGUUUUCAGCAAAAGUCUCUCCAGGUUAUAAUAGUCUUAGCAUCGAGAAGAAGAUUGAAUGGAACUCAAGGGUGGUGUCUACGUGCCACUCUCUACUGGUUGGGAUUUUUGGCUUAUACCUCUUCUUUUUUGAUGAGCCUACCAUAGCUGAUCCACUCUGGGGUGAUUCAACGCUUGUGAAAUUGAAUAUUGCAACUGCUUCAGGCUACCUCAUUUCUGACUUAUUGAUUAUACUUUUGAAUUGGAAAGUGAUCGGCGACAAGUUUUUUGUAAUUCACCAUUGUACCGCUCUAACGGCAUACUACUUUGUCUUGGUGAGUACCGGCAUUCACAGCAGCCUAGCUAGCAGACAAGGCUGGAGAGAGACGCUUAAGGCUGAACACAAUUCUAAGCCUGUAAGUCUUUUUAUUUGUUUGUUUUGAGACAGGUUCUCUCUG